AUGGUCAAUCGUGGAGGACGAAGUAAAGCCUGCAGAACUUGCAAGCGAAGGCGUGUGAAAUGCGAUCAUGGCAAGCCGAACUGUCAACGAUGCGAAAAAGCUGGGUUGAGAUGUGAGGGAUAUGUAAUCCACGGUGAAUUUGUAGAUGAGACGAUUCGAUUCUCUAAGCAUGCAACACCACCGAAGAACAGCCAGCUGCAACUUCAGCUAGCGAACACACCCUCAAAGACAAUCGGGCGAAUCUCUAGUCCCUCGCCGCUGCUACUCGACGAAAACACCGUCAUUCAUACCCAUCUCCUCUCAAAGAUCGAUGAAGUCAAGCCCCUCAUGUCCAAUCUCGACUCUUUCUCACCUAACAACUCCACACGCACCCUCGCGAUAAGAGCUCUAGCGGGAAUCUACUUCGGUAAAAUGAACUACAAUAAACGCAUAUCUGAUUCAGGAACCCGUGAUUACGUGAGAGCUUUGAAAAGCGUGCAGGUUGACCUGGCAUGUUCAACCGUGGCUUUAGAGUGGGAUACUUUGGCGAGUGUCGUGUGCUUGUGCAUGUUUGAGAAUAUUGCUUUUACGGAUAAGACGGGGUGGUUGAAGCACUACGAGGGAAUCACUCAGUUGGUCAAGUUGAGAGGACCUUCGAGACAUCAGACACCGCUGGACAGAGAGCUGUUGAGGCAAUGUCGGUUCGAGAUUAUCGUGUGCGCAUUGAUCAGCAGGUCCCAUUGCUACCUUACACUUCCUGAGUGGCGAAGCAUUCCCUGGCCUGCAAGUGUCCCCAAGACAGCAAGCGAUACCUUACACGACAUAUUUGCCCGUGUUCCUGGCCACCUGCACGACAUGGACAGUAUGGAGCGAGGUGAAGUCGAUGACAUGUUUGUCCAUGACCUGCGUCAACGUGUCGAGACUACAUUAUCCGAUCUAGAAGAUUGGGAGCAGUUCCAUCACCACCCUCGACCUCUCACCAGCCUCUCCAACCCAACUCUACACAGCGCUCAUUCUACAAGAGAUAAGACCCUUCUCGCCUUGCAAAGAGCCAUCAUACUCUGCAUGUCUCGCCUCUGCGCCUUUCUGGAUAUCCCUCUUGUGGCUGAAAUACCCGCAGCUUUCGAGGACCGUCAAGCUGUAAGGACAGCCAUCGCAAGUGAGAUAUACCAGCUGGCUACAUCCUGCGUUGGACACACAACUACGGGCACGGGGCCGCUUUUGUUCAUAUUUCCGCUGCAGGUUGCUAGUAUGAACUUCGGUGAGGGUAGUGUAGAGGAGAGGCGGUCCGAUGAGGUUAUGAACGAGGUUAUUGCUGGGACGCACGGGUUUGAGAUUGGCAGAAGGCGAGCGUGGAGGACUGCAAGAAUAAUACCCAUCUAG